UUUACGUCAUUGUACAGGUUAUUCAGUGAAAGUUUUCAGCUGAACUAUAAUUGCAUGGAGAAACUGGAGAAAAAGAUCUUCAUGUUGCCUUGAGCUUUGUUAAGUAGGUACUCAACUAUCAAGAAGACCUCCUGAUCCUGUGCUACUCCAUGUUAAGACAAGGAAACAAGUCGCGGUAUAUUCAACAUGGAAGGCAAAAUAAAAGGAAAUGAUUCAGUAGUUUGUGAAACAGAACCGCUAUUGAACAGACGAGCCCCUAAGCUAUCUGGCAGAGAGAGGGCAGCAUCACGAUGGGUGACAGUGGAGCCCCUACUUCUCUUGGCAGCAUGCAGCUAUAUGUUGACCGCUGUCCUUCGCAUCCAGUAUGUACUAGUGAGGGUACAGGAGUCUUAUAACUACACCGUUCACACGGAUUCACCUUGCCCAGUUCGGAACCAGACUGGUAAUAUGAGUUAUAUUUCGGAUGCUGACACCCAGGCCCGGAUCCAGGCGGACUCCGCUCGCUGGAUGUUGUUCUUUAGUCUCGCUGGAGCUCUUCCGGGCUUCGUCUCCGCGAUCCUCAUGGGAGCUCUGUCCGACAGGUUCGGCCGCAAGAUAUUCCUCAACCUGUCGACCAUCGGCAGUGCAAGUUUCGCCGGUGUUUGCACUGCCGUGAUGGCGUUCAAUCUUCGCCUGGAGGUGUUCUACGCCGCCGAUCUUGCCUUCGGCCUGACGGGCGGGCAAAUGUCGGUGCUAUCCCUUUGCUACUCCUAUAUUGCAGACGUGACUACCAAGAAACAGCGCACCUUCAGGAUAGUUGUGAUCGAAACAGUCUUCGUCCUUGUUGGACUGUUUCAAGUUGGGGCCGAGUAUUGCUACGAAGCUCUUGGCUUUGCCACCACCGCGGGAAUCGCGACGGGUCUGGGAGUCCUGGCCUUCAUUUACUCUGUAAUUCCACAUAUCCUGAUCGAGACAAUCGAGAGGAAGGGUCAGCAGCCACUAGUUCAGACACUGAGGCAGACUGUACGAGGCGUGGGACGGUUGUUUUACAGCGAGGGAGGCGCUGUACGCACCUGGUGCUUGCUACUCAUUUUCGCCACCCUCUUCAUGCUAACCCCGAUGGAAUCUUCGUUCCAGGUUAGAACAUUGUACGUGCAAGCCGAGCCCUUCUGCUGGUCACCAGUUACAAUCGGGUACAACGCCGCCCUGUUUAGUACUGUCUUACUUGUUGGUAACAUCGGAGGCUUCAAAUUGUUGUCAAAAUGUUUCAGCAGUCAGUGGAUCUUUCACAUAUCCUGUUUCAGUACAGUUGGGGUAUACGUAGUGUUCGGGCUGCAUUUCCGUAACAUCGGUGUUUGGCGAUUCAGUUUUCAGUGA